ACGUAUUUUUUUUUCCCUAAUAUUUUUUCUUCGUCUUAUCUUAAUUCACCUUGAAAAAUUAUAAAAAUGUCUCAGGGUGUACCUUCAAUUUCGAUAUCCGAUUUAUCGAAAUAUUACCAAUUCAAUUGUGAAAAAUUAGUACAAAAAAUUGUUUCCAAAAAACCAAAAUCAACAAACGAAAACGAAAACAAGAAGAAUAAAACAGAUAAUUUAAUUGAAGCGUCAAAAAAACGUGGAAAUGAAUUUGAAUUAGAAAUUAAAAAUAAAUUAAAUAAUGUAGUAGAUUGUCAAUAUAAAUCAUACAAAGAUUUAUUAAGAAAUGUUCAUGUCGGUCAAACUUUUUAUCAAAUGAAAUUCGAUGUACCUGAAAAUGUUUAUAAUGCGAAUAUAAAAGAUAUCAUUAAAUUAAAAAGUUUUAUACCAGACUUUAUUGAAGUCAUAAGAGAAGAUGGUGAGACAAAAUUGAUGGUUUGGGAUGUAAAAUCUUCAAAAAGUACUCGAAUCUCACAUCAGUUCCAAGCAGCUUCUUAUGUUUAUCUUCUUAAAUAUAUAAUUCAAGAUUUUCCAGCACUAUCGAUUUCGCAUACUAUCGGAAUUCGUUUACCUCAUUUGCCUUUACAAACUUUUAAUAUCGAUUUGUUGCUUCAAAGGAUAGAUAAAUUCUUUCGUAAAGAUUUACCAAAAAUUAUAAGAACAAAAGAACCUUUUUGGUACUAUAAUACAAGAUGUAGAACUUGUGAUUUUGUACAUACUUGUAGAGAAGAUGCUAAAGGCUCUAUUUCAAUGAUUCCUCAUUUAUCACCUGAGAAUGCUGAGUCUUUGAGAACUUUUGUGUCAUCACGAAAUGAUGUAGUUGAUAUCGAAGACUUAACAAAGAUUGUUGUUAACGAAGAUAAUGAUGUUAAAAAAAGCGACAAAUUAAUGAUUAAACAAAUUAUCAAAUAUGAUAAGAAAUCAAAAAGAUCACCGUAUUUGAGAGCCAAAAAGACCAAACGAGCACAGUUUGUAGGAUUACCAGUUGCAAAUUUUCCCCAAAAAACGGAUCAUAAUUUGUUAAUAACAAUGUCUUUAGAUCCUUUCUUGUCACAUCCUUUCGGAUGGGGAAUAUGUCUUUUUACUGGUGAUGGAGAAAUUUUGCAGAAAUAUAGACGCGCUGAAUCAUUUUCGAAGGAAUCUCAAAAAAAAUUUGUCCCUUUGAUGGAUGAAUUUGUAACUAUGCUAACGAAGUGCUUUGAAUAUUUAUCACAAGUUAAAUCUCGUGCUUGUAUCUUUGUUUACUCUGAACGAGAAAAAACAACUAUUCAGGAUGCUUUGUUGGAAAUUAUUACCACGGAUGAUAAUACCGUUUCAUGUACACUACAACAUGCAGCUACAAGAUGUUUGUUUAAUUUAUUUGAAGAUUCGUCAUUAAUAACAGCUUCUGGAAGUAAGGAUGAUAAUAUUAUGGAAAUUCCUGAUAGUCGGAAUGAAUGGCGAGAAUUUCCAAGAUUGAUUAUUUUAGAACACGCGAUAAAAGAAAAUAUUGCAAUUUAUGUACCAGGAUUUUACCGUUUCAUUGAUAUUUGGCAGCAGUUGGUAAAGCCAACGCUAUCAAAUGAUCAAGAAUUAUUAAAUUCAUUAGAGCAACACAUUACGAAAAUUGAUUUAGAAAAUAUUUAUACUUCAUGGGUUUCUGAACAAAGUUCUGCGCAACAAAAAAUUCAAGAAGCCCAUUUAUUAAGAAUUAAAUUUGUGAAUGCCGUAAUGAAAGCUUAUUACAAGCUUCUAAAAGAAUCGACAGAUAAUGAUAUUGCUUCUAUAUUGAUAUUUACACCACCAAUUUUUACUUUUACAGAAAUUAAGUCAUUUAAUAAUCAUUAUUUAGGAAAAUUAUAUUUUUUUAAACAAUAUGAAGCUAUAACUGAGUGCAUGAGAAUUAGAUCUAAGAGAAUAAAAGAUUUUACACAAGAUGAAUCAAUACGCGGAGUUCAAUUACGAUAUGAACGUUUUAUUAAUAAAGUAAAUAAUGAAUGGAUAGUGAAAUUCACUAUUAUAAAUAACGAAAAAGAUGCUAGUCUAUUAGAACCUAGUUCAUUUAAAACAUUUAUUCUGGUUGAAGAUAGUCCGAAGGGUCUUCGGGAAGCAAUUAAAUUUUCAGAUAUGGAAUAUCGCAAUAAAAACCCUUCUGUACUUUCUUUGGCUAUUGUAUGUUUAGAAAAAGUUGAGAAUAGGACAAUUUAUUUGAAAGGAACUUUUAAAAUGGACUUGACAAAAAUUACAAAUUGUCGCCUUUACAAACGUUAUUUUGAUUUUAAUCUUAAUAAAGUAUUAACGACCUUUGCUGAAAUAGAUGAACGAAAUGAUGAUAACAAGUCAGUGUCUAUGGAUCUUCUGAAAGAUCCCAAUGCAUGGGGUUCUGGUUCUUCAAUCGAAGAACGACAGUUUAAAAAAAUCAAAAGUACAACUUCAACUUCGAGUCUAGAAACUUUUUGUAUGUCUCCAUCGCAAAAAGAAAUAUCAGAAGAUUUAUUAAAAAAAAGACUUCAAAUCGUUUGGGGGCCACCUGGUUCCGGUAAAACACAAUUUCUUGCAUUAUUUAUUACAUGGUACUUAAGUAUGUUACCAAAGUUAACAGAUACUAAUAGGAAAUAUGUGAUCGGAGUAACAGCUUUCACUAAGGAAGCUAUUGCAAAUUUAUUGGAAAGGAUUUCCUGCACGAGAAAAUAUUAUAAUAGAUUCACUAUUUUUAGUAUGAUCGAAAAUAUGAAAGGAGACGAUAUAAAAGUAUGUAAAGGAGAAGAUUUAUCUAAAAAGAUUGCAAGAUAUAAAGGUCCUGUUGUAAUUGGUGGUACUGUUUGGGAUUGGUAUAAAUUGAGAAAAACUGUUAAAUGCGAUAUUAUGAUGAUAGAUGAGGGUUCCCAAUUAUUGGUCUCAGAUGCCAUACUUGCAAUUGAAUGUUUAAAUCCAAGAACCGGAAAACUAAUUGUUGCUGGUGAUCAUAUGCAAUUAGGACCAAUUAUUAAAAAUUCUUAUCCUAAAUUUCCAUAUGAUCAUCCUCUCAUAUUUGGAUCAAUACAACAAUGCUUAAUGCGCAGAAAAGACGGUUCUAUUAUGCACGAAGAAGACUUAAAAGAACAGAAAUAUGAUUUUGGACAUCUUACUACGCAACUUAAAGAAAAUUGGAGAAUGAAUGAAGAAUUAAAUAAAUUUUUUCAAAAGAUUUAUGGCAAAAACUAUAUUUCCAAAAAUCCAAAUCUAAAACUUGCUUUAAACGAUAAUAAAUUAUCACAAGUGAAUCCUCUAAUUCGAAAAAUUUUGUCUCCAGAUUCAGCAAUUACUUUAGUGAUAAUUAAAAACAGUGAAUUGGUCAAUUCUGAUACUAUAUUGUCAGAUCAAACUAAGACUGAAGCAGAAGUUGUAAAACAAAUUACGUCAUCUUAUUUUAAACUAACAAAAGUAAAAGAAAAACAAAAAUUACUUAUAGUAACACCAUUUCGUCGACAACGACUUGAAAUUAAAUCACGACUAGAACAUUAUAUAAAGAAUGAAAAUUUACAAAUCAAUACAGUAGAUAAAAUACAAGGACAAGAAGCAGAUAUCGUGAUAGCAUGUUUUGGAUUUUUUAAUAUAAAUAAAACAUCUAAAGAAUCAAAAUUUUUAUUUGAAAUGAAUAGAUGGAAUGUAGCAUUAAGUAGAGCAAAAUCUAAAUUAAUAGUCAUUACGACCGAUGAAAUGCUUGAUCCUGAUGACAUAGAAAUAUUUGCAAAUAAAAAAAUAAGUGAAGGAUUAGAAUUUCUUCAUAUGGUGAAAAAACAUGUACAAGAUGUACAUGAUUUACAAGAAAAAGAUCCCGUUGUCGACAAUAGUAAAAGAAAAAGGCGGAGGGUAGAUGAUAAUGGUGUUAUUGAAUGGAUUGUUAAUGGGAGAGAAAAACGUCAAAAAGAAAUGAAUCAGAAAUAGUAGAAAUAGCAAUAAAUAUUAAAACAUAAUUAUUUAACGUAUACUUUUGUCAUAAAACAUACUGUAUAUAAAUUUGCAUCAUAUCUUAAAAAAUAAAAACUAUAACAGAUCAUCGUUGAAAGACUUUG